GGCGAAGGUUCCGGAGCCCGCGCGCGCCCCCGCCCCGCCCGCGCCGCCGCCGCCACCACCGCGCCGCUGUCACCGUCACCGCCGCCGCCGCUGUCCCAGCCAGCCGGCCCCGGUGCGGACACCCCCGCGCAGCCAGCGGCAGGUACCUUUGCUGAGAGGUGGCAGAGCAGCCUCAGGACACCACCAUGAUGGAGGAUCACGCACCUGGCCAGGAAAAGCACUUCUCCCCAGGCUAUCCCCUUCAGAUACCAGUCGAUGAUGGAUCGGAUGAGCCUGUUUCUGAAACAUCUGACGCUAAGAGCACCCCAACUACGGAAGAUGCCACAGCACCUUUAGUGGAGGAAGGAGACCACGAGGAUCAGGGUGGUGCGGAACAGCACGGGGAGAUCCCAGAAGGAACCACAGCUGAAGAGGCGGGCGUAGGAGCCACUCCCAACCUGGAGGACCACGCUGCAGGAGAUGCCACUCAAGGCGAGCCGAGCUCUCCAAAGCUCCAGCCUGGCCCUCGGGAGCGUGUGGGAGAGGCAGUAAAAAGUGCCAGUCAGCCCCCAGAGCAGGGGCUGGGGCCGCAGCAGCCACCUCUGUCCCGUGAGACCAAGGCUCCAGCAGCAGCCCCCACCCGAAUCGAGGUCACCAUCCCAAUACCCCUGGACAUGUACCAAGGCUCCGAAGGCAGUGGGGAGCUGUGGGACCAGGGAGGCACAGAAGGCCUGGCCCGAGCAGGUGGCACAGGUGGCCACAAAGAUGGACCAUCUCCUCUGUGUGCCAGAGCCACGAUAAAAGAAGAUUCCGGCGGACGGGAGAGGGAUGAGGACCGGGAUAUUGAUGAAACUUCUGGGCAGGGUUUGCCUUCCCUUGUGGAUCAGUGUGUUUCUCUGGCACCUGAAAAGGGCUCGUGCCCAGCAGCUGCCCAGGAGGCUCGUGAAGAAUAUGAUGGAGAAAACAAGUCCAAAGGUGUCCUCAGAGACACCCCAGGAGAGGCACUUCUGGUUGAAGCUGAGUCACAUAAAGCAGGAGAGGACCAAGAGGAGAAGCGAGAGCUGCUGGAGGGAGAAGGAGGUCCGGACAGCGCCCUGUCAGAGCCUUCUGGAAGUGUCUCCCUAAAAGAGGCUGAGCCCAGGGAGGGAGAAGAUUCUGGGCCCGUGCUAGAAACAGCCAAACUCCCUGCUGAGGGAGAGGAUGGUGUGAAGAAGGUGGAUGAAGAUGCUCCCGUGGGAGAGGCUGUGCCGGACGCAGGGGGCCGGCGGACGCCCCGGAGGAAGCCGGGUGGGCUGGCUGCAGACAAGGCCAGUCGUGUGCCUCUGCUCAAAGGUCGUGUUGACAAGGAAGGGACUGAAGCUGAUGAAAAGAAACCCAAGGGCCCGGAGGCGAGGGGUGGCUCCAAGACGGGCACGGCGCGCGCGGGGCAGGCGCAGAGGAACUCCACCAACGCCACCCGCAUCCCGGCCAAGACCCCCACGGCCCCCAAGACCCCUCCCAGCUCCGGCAGAAAGGAGCAGAAAAAGCCACCUCCUGCAGCAGCAAAGACUGAGAAAGGUGAGCAGCCCAAGUCUGGAGACAGAAGCGGCUACAGCAGUCCCGGCUCCCCCGGGACCCCGGGCAGCCGUUCCCGCACCCCCUCUCUGCCCACCCCACCAGCCAGGGAGCCCAAGAAGGUGGCAGUGGUUCGCACCCCCCCGAAAUCGCCCGCCUCGGCCAAGACCCGCGUCCAGCCCUCGGCCGCGCCCAUGCCCGACCUGAAGAACGUCAAGUCCAAAAUCGGCUCCACCGACAACCUGAAGCACCAGCCCGGAGGUGGCAAGGUGCAGAUAAUUAAUAAGAAGCUGGACUUUAGCAGCGUUCAAUCCAAGUGUGGCUCAAAGGAUAAUAUCAAACACAUCCCGGGCGGAGGCAGUGUGCAGAUAAUUAAUAAGAAGCUGGACUUUAGCAGCGUUCAAUCCAGGUGUGGCUCAAAGGAUAAUAUCAAACACAUCCCGGGCGGAGGCAGUGUUCAAAUCGUUUACAAGCCAGUGGACCUGAGCCAUGUGACAUCCAAAUGUGGUUCCCUGGGCAACAUCCACCACAAGCCAGGUGGUGGCCAGGUGGAGGUGAAAUCUGAGAAACUGGACUUCAAAGAUAAGGUGCAGUCGAAAAUCGGGUCCCUAGAUAACAUCAGCCACGUCCCUGGAGGAGGCAAUAAAAAGAUUGAGACUCACAAGCUGACCUUCCGCGAGAACGCCAAAGCCAAGACCGACCACGGCGCCGAAAUCGUCUACAAGUCCCCCACCAUCUCCGGAGAUGCCUCCCCGCGCCGCCUUAGCAACGUCUCCUCCAGCGGCAGCAUCAACCUGGUGGACUCCCCCCAGCUGGCCACGCUAGCCGACGAGGUGUCCGCCUCGCUGGCCAAGCAGGGCUUGUGAUCACGGCAUGGCGGCCACCAGGAGAGAAGACAAGGAAAGGAAAUGAAAAAGAAAAGAAACAAAAAUAAUAAUCUGGCCUUCUUCCUCUGUUCCUUUUACAGCUGCUUCCCCGUCCCUAACUGGUUAAUGAUUUAACCUGCUUUUACUGUUCAUUCAGCUCUAGCUCCAGGACUUCAAAAUCAGUGACACUAUGAGGUACAAAACCUCCUCUCCCCCCGCUCCUCGGAGCGCACAGCCCGUCCCGUCCCGUCCCCGCGCUCCGGCCGCGUCCCUCGCUGUCCCUGCCCGGGCCGGCAGCGGGGAGGGCCCGAGGGGCGGCCACAGCACCGCGCUGACCCGAGCCCCCAGACCAGCACAGGGCAGCGGGUGGCCCUCCCGGGAAGGGGCUGUGACCUCGCCCAGCUCGUGUCCUGCCGCUGGGCCGGCCGCGUCCUGGGUGCGCAGCCAGGGCUGCGGGGAGGCGCCCUCCCUCCCUCCCCGCGGUAAAUUUGCCUGCUGAUUUGGAAGAAACCUUUUGUUUUUAUUUCCGAAAGCCGAGAUGUGUAUGAAGAUAACGGCCAGGUACCCCUAACCCGCUCUCAGCUCCGGCAGCUGGAGUUCCGCCGGGUGCCCGCUCUGAGGGCCCGGCGGCCGUUCCCCUCUCCGUGGCUGUGCUGGAACCGCUGAGUGGAUGAGUAGAGGCUUUUCCCCAUUCCUUUGGCAGCCCCUCGUGUCGUAGAGUAGAUUUGUCUGUAUAUGCUUGGACCGUGCCAGGGUGAUUGUUUUCAUAAACGAGCAUGUGUUUGAAAAAUAAAUGCUGUAAGUAGUUUUGAGCUGCCCCGUGCCGGCUCCGCCGCAGCCCAGCCGGGGCCCGGGGAGCUGGGCCGGGUCCGGGCCGUGCCCAGCCCGGUGCCGGUGCCGCAGCAGGAGCCUGCAGGAGGGGCACUCACAGCCCCAGGGCUGGGAUGGCUCCUGGAUUUGGGUGCAGCUUGUGACAUUUUUGGGUUGUUCUUUUUCUUUCCCUGCAAGGUCAGCUCAGCGAUGGCGGAGGUGGCAGCUCCAUGGCUCUGCUGUGCCGGUGGCAGCGGUGAGACCCCGGCAGGACGCGGGGGAGGCGGCAGCAGCUCCCCCAGCCCGGGGCCAGCGGCUGCUCCCUGGCACUGAAGCCCCUUUCCGGGCGCUCCCCUGUGUGAGUUGGCAGCAUCUCACCCCCCCCACAGCACUGACCACCCCAGCACCCCUCGGGGACAGGAGCCAGUCCAGUUAUUGCUUUGGCUGCUUCUGUUCCUGUGGCUCCCUGGGGUGCACGAGGGGGUCCCAGGGCUGUCCCUGCCUGCCCCUUCCCUCUACAACCAAAGAGGCCGAGAUGCCACCAGUGCAGCUGCGUGUCCUCCUGCCCUGUCUCCCCCAGGGCCCCAGCCGAGCUCUGGGGGUUCAGCUGGAGGUGGGAGGGCAGAGGGUCCCCGGUGGGGCUGCAGGGAAAGCCAUGCUUUCCCAGCAAGGGCUGGAAUCCUGGUCCGACAGGGCUGGCAGGGGGUCGGGCCCCUGGUUGUCCUUGGGGUGGUGGCUGGGUGCCACCAAGGCUGUCAGAGCAGCUGUUCCUGGGCAGAGCAGCAGCUUUUCCCUGGACGGGACCUGCUCCCAUCCCGUGGGAGCUGUGAACCCGCUGUUACCACUGUCCCUCUGUGGGGCUGGGCUGCAGCAGGCCUGGCUGUGGAUGGAGAUGGUCUGGGGGGGUCCAACCCUUCUCUGCAGCCCAAGGAGCUGCUUUAUGGCUGGGGAGAGGCUGGUCCAGCACCACCAUCAUGUCCAGCUUUUGUCACUCGCUCCGUUCACUUGACUCCAUGAUUGUAAGGCUCUGUGCUCCGUCCCUGACUCUGUAGCGCUGUAGGAGCCGCCGCGCUUUUUGUCCUUUGUAGAACGAGCAAGUUGGGAGAACCCUCAAAGCAUCACCUCCGUACCCCUUCUGGGCUGCAGGACGGGGUAGCUGAGCUCGCCCGUCCUGUGCCACCCCUGUCCCCUCCGUGCAGCCCCUGAGGGACAGCGGCACCCAGGGCUGGCGUGUCCUUGGUGUGCUCUGAGUGUCCUCAGCCCCGGCUGCCGUCCCCCCCGGGGGCUGUGGGGCGCCAGGACAGCCCUUUACAUCCCCCACGUCACCCGCUGUCCCCUCCAGCAGCCCGAGCCACGUCCCCUGCCCCGACCCCGCGUUCAGACCCAGGCCUGGGUCCGGUGAGCAGCCGGACAGCCUGACCCCCGGCUCUUCCUUUACUCCACACACAUCUUGGGUCUGAAAAGGGUUAAAACCGGCACUGAUUAGCAAAAAAAAAAAAAAAAAAAAAGAAAAAAAAAAAGUGGUAUUUCUGCACUCCAAAAGUUUCUGCGUGUUAGCAAAGGCCGGUGCCAGCCUGUGUGGCGUUGGCAGCCCCGCGCCGCGCCGGGAGGGAAGGUUUGAUCUCAGUGUAUCAUUCUAGCUUAGCUUCUGUCUGUGGGUGUCCAUAGUGUAUCGUGUGUUUAACAACUGGUUUACACUGUUGCCGUAAAAGUGAAUUUGGAAAUAAAGUCAUUACUACGAUAA